AUGAAAAGAAAAAGAUUAUCUAGUUCACGCUGUUGCUAUUCUGUCAUUCAUAAGAAGGACGAAUGUGAUACAAGCGUAAAUACUGACAAAGAAGUAACAUUGGAUUUAUUGAACACUGUUGGACCUAAUCAAUUGUGUUCCAUACUGCAUGAAGUAAUUCAUGAAUUGUUUAGCACAAGCCAUCUUAUAUUUAUUCAACGAGUGAACUCGUCAACAAUGAGCUUAAUCAAUGAAUUUGUGUGUCAGAUGACCAAUAUCUCAUGUACCCGGGAAAGUCGAACUGCAAAAAAUGCAAAUCUGAAAGUAAAAUCCAAAAGAGUAACUACUGACAACAGAAUGAACAAAUGUUUUAUUUUUCAUUCUUACAGUGAACAUGAAUUAACUAAAAAUAGUGUUAGAAGUUUCGUCAUAAAAGUGGAUAAUAUUAGGAAUAUGGAGUUGCGUAGCUUGUUCCUUCUCGAAAAACCAACAGUGAAAAAACUGAAAUUCGUGGUUGCCUACCUGCUUUGCGAAAGUGCUAGUCUAGAAAAUGGGACUCUUAUAUCAAUUCAUAAGGAUGAUUUCGAAAAACAUUUGAGUUUCUUCGAAAAUUCAACGACACAAGAAUUGGGAGAGGUUCUACGAAAACUACUGGACAAGAAGGCAUGGAAUUUCUGCAGGUCAAGUCAAAAGAAAUUCUUUCGCUUGAUUAACCUUGGGUCUUUCUCUUAUGAAUAUCAUAUACAAGACAAUAGUACUCAGCGUUUAGCUGAUUCGUCCAAUCCUUCUAUUACCAUUUUCUACUUAGUUGUUUAUUUAUGGUCAGUUCCAACAGGAGAAUAUUCAGCAUGUUUAAGUGGUUCCGCAGUCGAUUCAUGUAAUGAAAAUGUGCAAAUCAGUAACCUACUCGAUAUACACAGAAAAAGACUGUACGAAGUGUGUAGAUUACAAUAUUUGUCUGACUGUAACAAAUUCUAUGAAAUUUUUCAUAGAGAACUUGCAAAUUUCAGUUGUAUUGAGAGUAAAACAGGUCUAUUUGAAAACAUUGCAGACAGCCUAAAGAAACUCAUCAACUUUGACAGCAUUUCAAUUUAUCAUUUUGAUAAAGCUGAACAAGAAUGGAUAGAAGAACUGAACCAAUAUCCAUUAAAAAUUCAAAUGGUGCGUAAACAACGAUGGAAUAACUCAAAAUGGAUGCUAGAAGAUUUAUUUAAACAAAUCAAUGUUGACAUGGAAACACUGAAGACAUACAAGAUAGAUGAUGUCAGUAGAUUUAUCAAUCAACUUGAUAUAAAUGUAUACUGGAUUGAUAUGUUUUCGAGUGGAGCAAGUCAUUCGACUCUAAUUGAAUUGCGUAAAUGCGAUGGAAAGGAAAAAUUUUCAAGAUAUGACAGAUAUUUGUUGUCCUGUACUAUCAUUAACUUCUUGUCCGUCCUCUUGCGUCAAACCUAUUUAAACGAGGAAUUGCAUAUCAUGAAGAGCAAAAAUAAAGUAAACACAGAAAUGAUUGCUUAUCAUAUGAAGAUACCAGAUAAUGAGAUUUCACAGUUGGCUAACAAAAAUCUCCGAUUUCUAACGGAAUUACAUCCUGAUUGCAAACAGUUAAAUUUUCGCAUCGGAAGUGUUGGAGAAAAGGAUUCUAGAAAAGCCAUAAUGAUGAUGUUUGAUACUCUGGGUUUCAUAGAUGAAUGGAAAAUUCAUCGGCCUACUCUUGCAUGCUUUAUUCUAACAGUUAAAAAAAAUUAUCGUUCACCAGCUUACCACAAUUGGAUGCAUGCGUUCACAGUUGGGCAUGUGGCUUAUCUAGCAUUAACAAUUGACUCACAGUUAACAAAUCAGUAUUUAGAUAAAAUUGAACGGUUGGCAUUAUUUAUUGGUGCAUUAUGUCAUGAUAUUGACCAUAGAGGAUUUAAUAACAGUUAUCAGAAAUAUGAACGACUCAGAUAUCUACUCAAGCAAAUCAUUUUGGCUACAGAUCUAUGUCAGCAUAUUUCAUUGAUGCCAGAAAUUAUGCAGGUGACUGGAAAAAUGUACAAUCCAUCCAAUGUGAAACAUCGUGAACUACUUCUGUCCCUUCUAGUUACUGCAUGUGAUUUAAAUGAUCAGUGUAAAGACUGGUAUAAUACACGUGAAGCCGCGAAACUGAUUUAUCAUGAGUUUUUCAUUCAAGGUGACUUAGAAAAAUCGUGGAAUUUGACUCCUCAACCUUCAUUGGAUAGAAAUAAAGCCUUUAUACCCGAACUGCAGGUUUACCUUCUUGAUUCUAUAGUACUACCCUGUUUCAAGUAA